GAUGAAGUCCGGAUUGUUCGUCAACGCCUUGUUGGCAUUGGCAAGCCCUGCUGCGGCAUAUCAGGCCUGGAGCUAUACCAAUGUGUCUGAUCCUUAUUACGGACAGAGCCCGCCUNCUGCUGGCAAUGGGUCAAGCAGUACUCAAUGGGCCAAUGCAUACGCCCAAGCACGCGAUCUGCUUUCCCAAAUGACACUUGAGGAGAAGGUCAACGUCACCCGCGGCUUCACUGGAACCUGCGUCGGCAACACCGGCGCUGUUCCUCGCUUGGGUAUCGAGCCAAUGUGUCUUUCCGAUGCGCCCGAUGGUAUUCGCGGUCAAGAGUUUGUCAGUGCUUUCCCUGCCGGUAUUCACGUCGCUGCCACUUUCGACAAAGACCUCAUGUAUGCUUAUGGUCGUGCUUUGGGCGAAGAGUACCGUGGUAAAGGCAUCAACAUCGCUCUCGGACCUGUUGCUGGACCUCUUGGAAGAGUUGCCCGUGGAGGCAGGAAUUGGGAGGGCCUUUCUGCAGAUCCUCAUCUUGCUGGUGCUGGUAUGGGAGCCAUUACUAGAGGUACCCAAGAUGUUGGUGUCAUCGCUACUGCAAAGAUAGCAAUGUCAUCCAACACCGACGACAAAACUCUUCACGAGCUCUAUGCUUACCCUUUUAUGAACGCUUUGAGAGAAAACGUCGGUGCUGUAAUGUGCAGCUACCAACGCGCCAACAAUUCGUACGGAUGCCAGAAUUCCAAACUUCUCAACGGCAUCCUCAAAACUGAAUUCGGCUUCCAAGGUUUCGUCAUGUCUGACUGGGAAGCCCAGCACUCGGGUGUUGCCUCUGCAAAUGCCGGACUGGAUCUUGUCAUGCCCGAUGGUGGUUUCUGGGGUGGUAACCUCACUCAAGCAGUCAACAACGGCUCUGUCUCUGUUGACAGACUCAACGAUAUGGUCACUCGUCGAUUGGCUGCAUUCUUCUAUGUUGGCCAGGGUGAAGGCUUCCCCGCCGCAGCCGUGCACAGUAAUCUCCAAGUUCAGGAACCUGUCAACGUACAGGAUGAUCACUCUGCUCUGAUCCGAGAAAUUGGUGCUGCUGGAACUGUCCUUGUCAAGAAUGUCAACAACACUCUGCCCCUCAAGAACCCUCGUUUCUUGUCAAUCUAUGGAUAUGAUGCAACCAUCAAGGCAGACCCUUGGCAAAAUCCAAGCAGAUAUGGCGGUGGAUACGAAGUCAACUUCGGUUGGAACACCUUCAAUGGUACCAUGAUCACUGGCGGAGGAUCUGGUGGCAGCACACCUCCCUACGUCAUCUCGCCUUUCCAAGCCAUUCAAGAACGUAUCGCCAAAGACAAAGGGACGCUUCGCUGGGACUUUCACUCCGAGAACCCCUACCCGCCUUAUCUCAACACCGAGGCCUGCUUGGUCUUUGUGAAUGCCUACGCGUCUGAAAGCUUCGAUCGCACAACAUUGGCAGACGAGUUCAGUGACAACUUGAUCAAGAAUGUCGCUGCCAACUGCACAAACACUAUUGUCGUGAUACACAGUGCUGGCAUCAGAGUUGUUGAUGCAUGGAUUGAUCAUGAAAACAUCACCGCCGUGCUCUUCGCCGGCCUUCCCGGUCAAGAAUCAGGACACUCUUUGACAGACAUCCUCUACGGCGACAUUUCGCCUUCUGGCCGUCUUCCCUACACUGUUGCCAAGAAAGAAGAAGACUAUGGUGGCCUUCUAAACUCGACCAUCUCCUUUGACCCUUAUCCCCAAUCCAACUUUUCGGAAGGUGUAUACAUUGAUUACCGCCAUUUCGACCACUACAACAUCAACCCACGCUUUGAGUUCGGCUUUGGCUUGUCUUACACUACUUUCAACUACAGCAAAUUGCAGACGGCUAGACUUGCAGACGGAAGUCUAGCACCAUACCCUGACGCAAAUAUCGCAAUCGUCUCUGGCGGCCAUCCCCAACUUUGGGACGAGAUCUUCUCCGUCUCUUUCGAGGUCACGAAUACCGGCAAUGUGUCUGCCCAUGAGGUCCCUCAAGUCUAUGUGGGUAUUCCAGAUGCGCCGAAGAAGCAACUCAGAGGCUUUGAGCGUGUGCUUCUGCAACCUGGUCAAAGCAAANGAGUCAACAUCCCACUGACGAGAAGAGAUUUGAGUGUCUGGGAUGUUGUAGCUCAGCAGUGGAAGUUGCAGCCCGGGCAGUAUGGGCUUUGGGUGGGUGCAAGUAGUAGAGAUUUCAAGUUGGAAGGAGGACUUACUAUC